AUGUUGGGAAAUGUGUCCUGCUGUGGAGGGAAGGCCUACGACCCCAGCAGUGGACAGAUGAAGUGUUGUGCAGGGACUCUGUACAACCUGCAGGUUCAGGACAGGAUCUCAGAGGAGGCCCAGUGCUGUGGGAGUGUCCUGAUGGAGGCCGGCUCCAUCCAGACCUGCUGCUCUGCCCCAGGGCUAGACCUGCUCUACCCUACCCAGCCAGGGUUCACCUGCUGUGGGCACCGCUACCCCAACGCCUCCCUGUGGUCUUGCUGUGCGGGGGUCCUGCACCCAAGGCCUGAACCACACAACACCAGCAUGAACAUGAUUCCAGGUCAGUGGGAACAGGAUACAAUAUAAUCUUGAUCCCCAUUUUUCAUCGAUCCAUGAUUUAUGUCACAGUUUGAGUUGCGUCUGUUUAUCUCUGAAUGGUCUCCGAAAGACCAACCUACAAGUCAGACGAGUGAUAUGAAGAUUCUAUGUGUAGUCAAUAUAAGAUAAAGGGGGUGUCUUUUGAUGGGUCCCUCCCUGGAGUCUGUCUCUGUCUCAGCCCAUUUGAUUAAACUGAUUUUCGUUAUCCUCAGGAUCCAGGCUUCUACCACUGGGGGGUUUGAAGACGGAAGUCCUGUGUCACACCGAAGGUAAGGCCUCCAGUUUAAAGCACAGAAUGAAAGGAAACAUUACUCAAUAAUUUGAUCUUUAGCAAGAACAGUGGGAAACACUUGAAUCUACUUUGACUCUUUGAUGUACAGUGGCUUCACAACGCUUAUCUAAAUUGUGUGUGUGUGUCUCCAGUUCUGCUAGGGACAGUCGAGAGUGUGUCUGUGAAGAUGAAUGAGCGGUCCAUCGUGAUGUUGAACACCAUGUCUGUGCAGGCCUCGCGUGGCCAUGUCAACGCCCUGCCUUCCCCUCACUACGUCACAUUACCCAACCACUGCAGCUCCCCUGAACUGGUGCCGGGCAACACUUACAUCUGGGUGAAAAUACCUUUCUCAGACACCAUAAGAUUAAUCUCUGAUCUCCUCGAUCAUUCCUCCCCUCUCCAUUCCAUCCUUUCCAGGUGCUCAACCUUUUUCUUGCCCAGAGAAAAGCCCUACACAAUGUUUUAAAGCUUUACAGUGUUUGGUUACAAUUACAGUGUUAACAAACAAUGGCGUAAUAAAAACCUUAUCUUGGGUUCUGAUGGGGUACGACAGUUGAACUAAGCUCAUGAGGCACAAGUUAUAUUCUUCCAAAAUCAAUUACAUUUACAUUUGACAUUUUAGUCAUUGGUAUAUAUCGUUCAUUUAGUCCAGAAAUGCAUGUUGCUUUCACAGAUUGCCCCUGUAAGCUAUCAGUAGACAUUUAAGGCAUGUUUGUGAAAUGAUUGUAUCACAUUGUGCAAGGACAGGAAAUAA